UUGCGAUUAGAUUGUGUAUAACAACAAUGGCUCUAGAAGGAAAAUAUUGACGUAUAUUGUGUGUUGUAGUUUUGAGUUUUAAAGUCUGGCACACUUUAAAAUUUUUUCGACACAAACGCAGAGCAGCCAUGAGAGCUUUAUUAUUUUUAAGUGUGAAUUUCCUAAUCCCAUAUAUUUUUUCUAUAGAUGUUGAAAGUUAUGAAGAAAAUCCAGAAAUUACUCCAAUUUAUGACAUAAUUUUGUUUAACGACAUAGCAGAAGUGAUAAAAGAUUUUGAAGAUGGAUUGAAUUCUCAAUCCGAUGCAUUUGCGGAGAGCGAUAGUGAUGAAAACAUUGAAGAUUUACUAUUAGAAUAUCAACAUUAUUUAGAUAAAGCACAUAAGCAACGUGUUGAUCAUUUAAUAAAAUUAAAUGGUAAAAACAAAGUCCCCCUGCUACGUCAUGAGAGAUAUCCUAAAAAGAAACCUACCAUGAAAAAACAUCAUAGCGACUUUUACAAAUCUCUGCCUCAUAAUUUUAUUCCAUCUUCUAAAUUACUUCCUCACUUAGGACCCUUUUUGCCGGACUAUAUGAUAUCGCAUAAUAGUUUUAACAAAUAUUCACCUGUAGAUAGCGAAGCCUUAAGAAGCAAUAAACAAAGUCCCGAUAUGACAUAUAAUUUACAGAAACCCAUUAGUGAAAAAGCUUUGUUAUCAUCUUGUUAUUGUAAAGCUACCGAAAUACCAUGCAAAUGUGGAUGUAAGCAAUGUUUUAUAACUACGGAAUCUGUACCUAAACCUAAAGAUCUAUUUAUUAGUAGAGGACGGUACCUAGACAAUACACUUGAAAACCAUACACCGAAACAUUUAUCAAAUCCAAACAGUAAUGAUUUUAAAAUUCGAAUCAAGAUCGACAUUAAGGUACCUAAAAUAAUUGAAAUGCUAGAAAAAUUCUAUGAAAAUACGAGUCGAGAUAAUAAAAUGAUAGAUUCUGAUCAACUAAUGUCUAAAGAUGCUGCUAUUAAUUCACUUUCACCAUAUUUGCAUUUACCUAGCCCAAUGGAGUUAUUUAAAUACAGCAUAUUUCCUGGAAUAUCUAAUUUUAUGCCUAUGCAGUCAAUAACUAUACGAAAGAAAAAAAAAGUACGAAAUAAUAAUAACAAAAAACAUAGUAAGAAAUCAUUAAAUAUAAAUAUAUUAAAUGGAGAUAAAAAUGUAACAACUGUCGUAUUGAAUAAAAACAAUAAUGGAAGUACCUUAGUCAUGAAUGAUACUUCCUUGGAUAUUAGUAAUACAAAAAUAGGUAAUGUUAAUGCAAUGGAUAAAAAAUUGGAAAAUGUAAACCAAAGUGUUAUUGGAAAACCGAUACCAAAAGUAGAAAAUAACCAUUCGAAUGAAUUUAUUUAUUUAACCUUGAAUAUAUCAAACAAUCACGAUGAAAAUCAAACAGACAUUACAAGGCACGAGAAUAGUAUUGAAACAGGGGAAAUUAAGACGAAAGGAAAUAAAACUGCAUCAGAACUCAAUGUGCGCGAAAAAAGGCAAAUUAAGUUAAACAAUGAAACUAGGAAAACCACACUUACAAGUGGAACUAGCAACAAUUUUAAUGAUACACUUGAUAAGAAACUUGAAAACAUUUUAAAUGACGAGGAUUUAUUAUAUUGGUCUGAAAAUAAUUCACCUCUUAUUAAAAAUUACUCAAAAAAUAUUAAUACUUUGAUACUUAAUUUAGAAAAAAGAAAAACGAAAUUUAACAUGAGCAAAGAAUCCAUUAGAAAUAACCAUUCUGUAGCAUUAGAAAAAGCCAUUUUUGGAGAAGUAAACUGGAAUGAUAUGGAUACAGUAGUCCCGGUAUUUAUUUCCUUUUUCGGUAAAUACGUGAGAGGCGUUUUAACGUUUUGUUCUGACACAAUAUGCCACUCAAUGAAAUGUGCUGAUAAAAUAUGUUUACAUAGGAAAUGUGAUCCUAUCAAUCGUUACAACAAUAAAGGACAUUGUGUAGGAACUAAUAGUACAGAUAGUACUGCAAAGAUGGAGUCAACUAUGGAUUUACCGUCAAACGUAGCAUUUGAAAUUGUUGAUAUACUGAAUGAAAAAUUGAAUGCAAAAAUGUUUGGUAAAAUGACAAUUUGUAUUGGCUAUAAGUGCAUCACUUUCGUGGCAUCAAAAAAAAUAGUAUUAAAGUCCAAGUGUACUAUAAAGGAAUUGACUACGACGAAAGAAUGUCCAUUCAACAAGAAAUAUUAGGUUUAGAAUAAGGGUCGUGUAUACUUUAAUCCUUGGAAAUUUAUUCGCAAUACAAAGACAAAAAUAAUUGAAUUUGAUACAACUGGAAAUUAUACACAGACAAGUAUUUCUUCACACCAAAUUAUGAACAUAAAAGAAUUAGAUAUUGGUAAUCUAUCUUUAUGGAAUUCAUCUUUGCCCACAAUAUCAUCUGUUUUCAGUGGUGUAAGAAUAUAUCUAAAAGAAAUGUUGGGUUUACGACCAAACAUGAAAAAACUGAAAAUAUUAACAAAAUGCGGAAAACAUAAAAAUAUGUGUAAUUUUUUGGCUUGUCCAAAUAUUCAGAGUCACUGUAUUUUAUGUGAAGUUAACAUGACCGAUAAAAAUUCAACGUUAUGUAAUAAAAUUAAUACAAACUUUUUAAGUAGUCAAAUUAAAUUUACGCCUUUCAAUACCACGUUGAUAUAAAGUGAAAUAUUCAAAAUAAAUGAUUGAAAACUAA